UAAAAUCUAACAUCAAGCACAAGUUCAUAUCCGCACCCAUCUCUCGUCCUCUUUCCCUCUCCCAACCCCCCUGCCUCGCUCCUCCCCCUCCCUCUCUCUCUCUGUGCAUGUAACCAAAUUGAACAUGAUGGUUAUGGAGAAAAUUCUGCUGUUUCAUCUCCUUUCUUUAGCUUUGUUGGGAGCUGUUGUAGAGGCUACACGGUCAGAUGACAGACUGAUAAAGAUAUCACAGUUGAAAAUGUUUGUUGAUGAGCUUCCAGACAUGCCAAAAAUCCUCGGUUUCGACGUUGUCAAUGGCGUUCCAGUUUCCAAGUCCCUGCAGAUUGGCAUGUUUUCGAAGAAAUGGAAAUUCCACAGAGAUCUCCCGCCGACCCGUGUAUUUGCCUAUGGUACUUCAAAUAACACCGCAACGGUUCCUGGUCCAACCAUCGAGGCCCUCUACGGAGUUGACACCUACGUGACGUGGCGAAAUUACCUCCCAUCAAAACACAUCUUACCCUGGGACCCAACCAUCCCAACUGCCAUUCCCGCCACGAAGAAGGGCGUCCCAACGGUGGUUCAUCUCCACGGGGGCAUCGACGAACCCCAGAGCGAUGGACACGCCAACUCAUGGUUCACCCGUGGCUUCAGAGAAAGAGGCCCCACCUGGACCCAAAAGAAGUACCACUACUACAACAUCCAGCAACCAGGCAAUAUGUUGUACCAUGAUCAUGCAAUGGGUUUGACUCGAGUCAACCUUCUGGCUGGCUUGAUUGGGGCCUACAUAAUCCGUCAUCCUGAUAUUGAGUCCCCACUCGGACUCCCUCAUGGAAAGGAGUUUGAUCGACCCUUGAUCGUAUUCGAUCGAAGCUUUCGCACCGAUGGCUCCAUCUACAUGAAUAGAACAGGAAACAAUCCCUCCAUUCAUCCACAAUGGCAGCCGGAGUAUUUUGGUGAUGCAAUCAUAGUCAACGGAAAAGCCUGGCCACGUUUGACAGUACGACGUCGUAAAUAUAGAUUCCGCAUCAUCAACGCAAGCAACGCUCGCUUCUUCGAGUUCUUCUUCACCAACGGUCUACGAUUCAUCCACGUCGGCUCCGACUCAUCUUAUAGCAAACGUCCGGUGAUGAUAAAAAAAAUCCUCCUGGCCCCAUCAGAGAUCGUCGAUGUGAUUGUUGACUUUUCGGAGUCGAAAUCCGAUUCGGCUAUUCUAGCAAACGGUGCGGCUUUUCCCUACCCAAGUGGCGACCCAGUCAACAAGUUCAACGGUAACGUGAUGAAGUUCAUCAUCAAGCGGCAACGCGAGGUUGACACGUCGCGGGUCCCGAAGAGAUUGAUAAAAUACCCAUCACCCGAUUUAUCCAAUGCAGCAGCAACACGGUACAUAGCAAUGUACGAGUACACGAGCCCCACCGAUGAGCCAACCCAUCUGUUUUUGAACGGAAAACCGUACGAAGCUCCGGCGACGGAGACACCCAAAGAGGGGACCAGUGAGAUCUGGAACGUGAUCAAUCUGACGGCGGAUAAUCACCCGCUGCACAUCCACCUGGGGCUGUUCGUGGUGUUAGAACAGAGAAAGCUGGUGGACGUGGAAAAGUUCAAGGAGUGCAUGUUGAAGAUCAACAAUGCCGUCAAGUGCCAGAUAGGCAAGUAUGCACGUGGCAACAUAACAGCAGUGCCAGCUCACGAGCAGGGUUGGAAAAAUGUGUUCAAGAUGACGCCGGGGUAUGUGACCAAAAUACUGGUGAGAUUUGCUUACAUACACUCCAACGCAUCGUAUCCGUUCGAUGCAUCCGCAGAGCCUGGUUACCUGUACCAUUGCCACAUUUUGGAUCAUGAAGACAAUGUGAUGAUGAGACCCUUGAAGUUCAUCAAAUAAGAAGAUCCAUAGAGAUUAUUACAACAGCAACCUUCUUGCCCGUUGUUUUCCCAGUGAUAAUAUCGAAUAAAGCAGAAGCCCAGUCGCGGAGAUGGGAUACUGUGUUGUACUGUAUCGAAUAACCGGAGAUGUCUCCUGUGGUAUGAUAGUUUAUAGGUUAUGUCCUACGCUUGUAAGUACCAUGCUCAUUAUAAUGUUGAUGUAAUGGUAUUACGACAGAGUAUGAUUAAUGUAUGAUUUUUAUAAAAUAUAUAUGUUGUUGUAAUAUAUAUAAAAAUAUAUGUGACUUUAUGAAAUUUUCCUCAUUCCACUCCUAAUAUA